GGCCGGUCCCGGGACUGGGCUCGCAGGCAGGCCGGGCCGGAUUAGGGGCGAUCUGACACAGACGACAAACCCACGGGGGGCAGGGAUGCCUUCCGCCCUGGGAGUCGUGGGUCCUGGAGCUGAUGAGGUUGUGGAUCCGAUGUGGGGUCAGGGCGGAAGAAGCUGGGCUGCAAGAGCAGCGGUGGAAUCGCUGCAGAGGGCUCACCGGGGAGAGGAGAGGGAGCAGCGAGUCAGAGCUCCCUGGAGAACUUGGGUCCCCGGAAGCAAGGGUCAGGCUGGAGUCUUUUCAUGGAUGCAAUGGCUUUUAACCCUGGUGGCGCAGUAGAAGCACUUGGGAGGCCCUGGGCUGCCCUAGGUGUUAGAGCGCCGCUCCUCAGGUGAUUCUCACCUGUGGAUGGGUGGAGAUCCCGGCGGGAGUAAAGAGCUCCUGGCUGAUCCCAACAACUUCGUGGCUUGGAAGGAGCCAGUGGUUUGGGGUGAAGCGCUAACCGGCCUGUGUCACUGUAGUGUCCAGUGAGGUGAAGGCUCAUUUCCGGCCCGAGGGGGCUGGGAUAGAGGGUUGGCGCCCCCAGCAACACCCCUCGAGCUGGGCCCUGCUGUGGCGAGAAUGGGCAGGGAGAGGAGGCUCUGGAGUGAGAAACGGGACGCACAGCAAACAAUUCAGAAUCAGCCACUUGUUGAGAAAAUUUGCUUUGUGCGCUACACCUGAAACUUUCCUCAGUUCAUUUGAUUCCCUGAGGACAGGCAGGGAAUGGAGUUGUUUUUCUUUCUAUUUUUGAGACAGGGUCUCACUGUGUACUCCAUGCUGGUCUUGAACUCACUAUGUAGCCCAGGCUAGUCUCAAACUAGCAGCGAUCCUCCCGCCUCAGCCUCCCGAGUGCUGGGUUUACAGGCGGGUGUCAUCAUGCCCGGCUGGAGUUGUUUUUCUGGCUUCACAGAUGUGGAAAUAAACAGAGCUAGUCAGUGUUAAUGUUCAGACCUGACCCAGGACUCCUCACUCCAAAUUAUGCUUAUUAGUAGCAUUUCCCCUCUGUACCAACUCGGAAGCAAACGCCCACCCUCCCUCUGACACCCUGCAUUCUGGGGCCAAGUCUGAUGUUCUUGGUUUCCUCCCCAGCACACACAACCUGAAGGUUGGUUCAAUAUGGAGGAGAGGCUGGUGUGCUGCUGCAGUCCUGGUCCUUUAUCUCUCAGGAGCCUAAUGGAAUGAAGUGGGAGUUUUUACAGGUUGGCAGAAAGCUGGUUCCAAGCAGCUGAGACUGUCACCUCUCACCCAGUCAGUGUCCCUGGCCUCACUGUCCUCAGGACAGACUCUCUACUCUCCACCACUACCCUUUGCAGGUGCUCAGCUGCACUGUUUCUGGACUGUUUAUUGCUCUUUGCUGUUAGCAGUGUCCCUCUUUGCACACCCGUGGCCUGGCUUUGCAUGCUUUCUUCUGAGGGACACACCAAGCUUCCAGCUGCCUCGCCCCGGACCCCCAGAGCUGAGGCUCCCUCUGCAGUUUGAACCAGCAGAAAUGGUUAUGUAGUCCAGCCUGGCCUUGAACUCUCUGUGUAACCCAGGCUGGCCUCAAACUCAAGGUCAUCCUCCUGCCACAGCCUCCCAAGUGCUGGGAUUACAGUGUGGAUGGGAGGAGCAGCAGAGUGUGUGGCCUCAUGAGAGAUGUGAGAGCUAGGGACACCCCAGUGCCUGGAGGUCGUGUGGAGUCACAUCUCGGGUGUCUCAGGAAAAAGCAAGUUUCUGAGCAUCUGCUCUGGGAUGGGCGUGGAGCUCGGGGCUUCUGAACCUUAGUUUCAUCCUUUCUGCACUCCUGUACGGUCCAGCACUCUGCGUGUGAGGAAACCAAGGCUCCGCAGGGGUAGGUGACUUACCUGCAUGCAGUACACUGUUUGUAGGAAGUGCACUUGGGAUUCGAACCCAGGCCAUUCUGGUGGCAAACUCACACAUUUCGUCUCACCACCCUUGGAGUCUUCUUCCAUCCUUGCUGCAGGGUGACUGUAGGGAGCCAGCCGGUGGAGGCUGAGGAGGACUUUUAGGUGGGCUUCACCUCCUCAGGUGACAAGGGCAGGUCACGGGCGUCUGGUGAGAUGGGGCUUCACUUCUUUGGGCAAAGGCUGUGGAAUGAAGCAGGGAGUUCUGGGAGGCACGGGGUCAGAGGGAAUGACCGGAGCUACAGAGAGUAACGGGGCCCUGCUCUUUGGCCCCAAAGCCCUUUGAGGGCUGGAGGUGGAGGGUUUGCUGUGAAGCUCGGAGGGAAGGAUGGGAGGGGCCUCUGUGGGUGGGAGCCCUGGGAGGGCGGCCCGAGAGGGUGGCCGGCUGGGAGAGGCCGGUGCAGAGGCCUUGCUGGCAGGGUGGGGUGCGGCACCAAGGCCGCUGUCUCCCCUGGUACCCAGUCUCAGGCCAGGCCUGAGGAAGUAAUGCCGGCCUGUCGGGCUUGGACCAAGGGAGGUGCACAUGGGAGCCUGGCAGGUGGGGUGAGAGGAGCCGGGGCUCUUUGGGGGCCCCUCGGGUUCCUCAGGCUGCUGUACAGGUGACACCAGCUGGAAGGGCCACAGCCUGGAUCAAGGCCUUGGUCAGGGCUGUGUUCCCUCUGGAUGCCCUGGGGAACCUGCUUCUGGUGCUGGCUGGCGAUCCUGGGCUUGUAGCUGCCCCAGUUCAAUUCCUGCCUCCGUCUGCGCGUGUCCGUCUUGCUCUGUGUCCUCAUUUCCCUCUGCUCACGAGGGUGCCGCCAUAGGCCCCGAUUCGGUGUGACAGACACAGCUUCCAAAGGUGGUUGGUUAGCUUCAUGGUUUGGGAUCGAGGGCCGCAACACAUCUUUUGGGGACCUAAUUCAGCUCACAGCCGGGAGUCCACCAGGAGGAGGCCUCCAGAGCUUCCCGGGAGGGGCCGGACAGGCGCAUGGGAAUUGUUUUGCUAAGAAGAGAACAGUGGCUUUGAGACUGGAAAGAGACAGGCUUAAUGGCUCCCUAGUUAAAGUGUGUCAUGGGCAAGGACACCAGCCAGCGUCACCUCAGUCUUCCUCACUGCCUGAGUCAGAAGAGACAGACAUUCAAACAGAGCCCCUGGUGACUUACAUGGGUUACAGUUUGGGAAGUGCUGCUUGUUAAAAACCCAAGGGCCAGGGAUGUAGCUCAGUGGUGCUGCCACCUGCCUUGCAAGCGCAAGGUCCCUAGUUCGAUCCCCGGUACCAAAAAACACCCUGACUUGACUUGUGUUUCCCUGCCCAGUCUUGGUCAGCUUAGCUAUCAGUCCUGCACAGGGCAUUUGUGCUUUGCUGUCUCUGUCCCUCCCUCUCCCUCUCCUCCACCCACAGGCAAACACUCGACAACUAAGCUGCACCUGGGCCUGCGGGAUGUGUUGGGCCUCUGUCCUCUGAGCUUGCUGAGCAGCCCUUCGCCAGCCUGUGUGGUGUCCUGGGUUGCUGCCGUGAACGCCUCCGCGCAGCCUCCUUUGGGGUUACUUCCUGAGACUCUCCCUGUGGAAAUGCGUGCUGAAGGGACUCCAAGGAGCAGAGCUGGCUGAGAUCCCUCCUGCUGACGGCUCCUUCUCCCCAGGCCGGGGAUGGCGAGGCUGCCCGUGGCCUCGAGCCUUCCUCGGUGCUCUGGGGGCUGAGGAGCGCUGGCUGCCAUGGGGCUGGGGUGGCCCCGGGCCCGGCUGUUGGGCCCACCCACGGCCAUGGUCUAUGGCUCCUUGGCCCUGUUCACCUCCAUCCUGCACAAUGUGUUCCUUCUCUACUACGUGGACACCUUUGUCUCAGUGUACAAGAUCAACAAAACGGCCUUCUGGGUCGGGGAGACCGUGUUUCUCCUGUGGAACAGCCUCAACGACCCUCUCUUCGGCUGGCUCAGUGACCGCCAGUUCCUCAGCUCCCAGCCUCGGUCAGGCACUGGGCUCUCCUCGCGGGCUGUGGUGCUGAGCCGGGUGCAGGCCCUGGGCCGGCACGGGCCGCUGCUGGCACUGUCAUUCCUGGCAUUCUGGGUUCCCUGGGCCCCUGCUGGCCUGCAGUUCCUGCUGUGCCUGUGCCUCUACGAUGGCUUCCUGACGCUCGUGGACCUGCACCAUCACGCUCUGCUGGCCGACCUGGCCAUCUCAGCCCACGACCGGACCCGCCUCAACUUCCACUGCUCCCUCUUCAGCGCGGCCGGCUCCCUCUCUGUCUUUGCCUCCUACGCCUUUUGGAACAAGGAGAAUUUCUCUUCCUUCCGCACCUUCUGUGUGGCUCUGGCUGCUGGCUCUGCGCUGGGCUUCCUGGGGGCCACGCAACUGCUGCGGCAGUGGGUGGAGGUGGCCAGAAGGGACGCAGGGUGCUCAGCCCCAACUGGGGAUGGCGGGGUGUGCAGAGAGGAGCUGCUGGCUGGCGCCGAGGAAGCUGGCAGCAUCACCCUGGGCCAGUACCUCCGGCAGCUGGCACGUCACCAGAACUUCCUGUGGUUCGUGGGCAUGGAUCUGGUGCAGGUGUUUCACUGCCACUUCAACAGCAACUUCUUCCCCCUCUUCCUGGAGCACCUGCUGUCAGACCACAUCCCCCUCUCCGCCGGCUCCUUCCUGUUGGGCAUCUCCUACGUUGCUCCUCACCUCAACAACCUCUACUUUCUGCCCCUGUGCCGGCGCUGGGGCGUCUAUGCUGUAGUGCGGGGGCUCCUCCUGCUCAAGCUGGGCCUUAGCCUGCUCAUGCUGGUGGCUGGCCCGGACCGCUCAGGCCUACUCUGCUUCUUCAUUGCCAGUAACCGUGUCUUCACCGAGGGCACCUGUAAGCUGCUGACGCUGGUGGUCACUGACCUGGUAGAUGAGGACCUGGUGCUGAAUCACCGCAAACAGGCAGCCUCGGCGCUCCUCUUUGGCAUGGUUGCCCUGGUGACCAAACCAGGCCAGACCUUCGCCCCACUGCUGGGCACCUGGCUUCUCUGCUUCUACACAGGUCAUGACCUCUUCCAGCAGCCCCUGGGGACCCCCGUGGGCAGUGCCAAGCCCUGGCCAGAGCCGCCAGCUCCAGCCCCGGCGAGGGCCCCACUCCGCCAGGGCUGCUUCUACCUGCUGGUGCUGGUGCCCAUCACCUGCGCACUGCUGCAGCUCCUCACCUGGUCCCGGUUCACGCUGCAUGGGCAGCACCUGCGCAUGGUCAAGGCCCAGCGCCAGAGCCUGGCACAGGUCCAGACUCUGGACGUUAAGACAGUGUGAAGCAUGGUGAGGCCACCCUGCUGAGGACACUGCCCAGCCCACCUGGAGGACGGACAGCAGACGGCAGCUCUGGGGACCGAGCCAGGAGUGUUGCUGAGGUCUGCCCGGCUCUGCUCAGCAAGGCCUGGGCUGUCAGUGCUCAGGGAGCCGCCUCUGGGGGAGGACACAGGGGAGCAGCAGGGAUGGGGCUGCACCCCUGGGCAGGGUCCCAAGGCCCCUGCUGCCGCCUGGGUGGGGCUGGCUGCUCUGGUGGCCUCAGGAGGCACUUUUGGUACCCUGACUGUUCCCUUUGCCCAGUCAGGGGAAGCUCUGUUGCUCACUUCCUCCUCGCAUCCUUCCAGUAGCCUCUCAGACGGUUCCCUGUGCCUGUAGCUGUGCCACCUCUAGAGGUGUUUUGUUACUGAGUGAUUAAAGCCAGCCAUUCCCAUUC